ACAAAAUCACAACAAUCUGGAAUGGUCAAAAUUUAAACUGUGCGCAGAGUUUAUCAAAUUUAGAUUUGAGCUAUUGGUUAUAAUCACUUUGUAACUAUGCAAAACAAAAUUAAAAAUCUCGUGCAAAACGUUUGAACUCGGUUAUGAAUAAAAAUGUGCAAGUCCAAUCUCAAAUGAUUUGAAAUCUGAACACAUCGAAAAAAAUAAUUUCGUUAUAAUAUUUAUACUUCCUGUUAUUUUCUUAUUUUGUAUUAAAAUUGUAAAUAGAAACUGUUUAUACUGAGAGUUACUUCGUUUUAUGAUUCAAAAUUUUAAGUAAAAACUCAUUUGCCUGUGUCUUAAAAUUUUCAACACCAUUUUUUUAAAACACUGAUUUUGUUUUCUUUUUUUUUUGUAAUCAAUUCAACUUAAACAACUUAAAUCUCGUAAUUAUGGGAGCCGCGCCCAGUACAGAAGGAGGGAUAAUCCACUCGACCGCCUAUCAAAUGUUUUGCAGUCAAUGCAUGCAGAAGUUCGUAGACCCCCGCAGACUCCCUUGUGGUCAUUUGGUAUGUGGACCAAAAUCCCCACUGCGCUGUGCAAAUAGGACCUUGGGUUUGCCCAGCAGAAAAUGCCCAGUCAAAACGUGUCAAAUGCCAGUUAAAAACACAGUUCAGCUUGAAGAUCUCGAAGUUCCGGAAAUUCGAGGAGAUGAGGCGUUUUUAAGCGAAACUUAUAAGAAAAUCUUGAGAGAAAGAAGCAGUGGACCAUUGCCAUUCUCUUCAAAUUCAGUCGGACCAUCUGACAAAAAAGAAACGAGGCCUAGCAGAACCACGGACACUGCAAAUUUACCCUCUCCAUCUAAAACAACAGCCGUACCCUCUCCUAGUAAGGGGGCUAUUCCCAAAAAAAAGGUCCAGAUGUCCACAACAGAUGACUGGAGGCCACAAAUGGUCAACGAUCUGGUCGGUAAUGGCCGCAGAAAGCUACUCAUUGUCGGCAAGACCGGCAGUGGCAAGAGUAGUAUCUGCAACGUCAUUGCAGGUUUGGACGACAAAAACUCUGCUUUUAAAGUGUCUUCAUCUGCUCAAGGAUGUACUGGUAGUACCCAACUAGCUGACGUGUCGUUUGAUGGGAGAACCGAUCGUCCGAUUAGUCUAAUCGAUACGAUCGGUUUUGACGACCCAGAUCGCGAUACCGAUACCAAAGUUAUCCAAGAUUUAAUUUCCAAACUCAAAACAAAAUGUGACUACAUACACGUUUUCGUGUUGGUUGUUAAUGGACAGAGCCCGCGUCUCGAUCUAUCACUGACAACAAUGCUAGGAUACUUCCAGGAGAUGUUCGGAGAGUGUUUUUGGAAGCAAACGAUAAUAAUUUUUACUCGACUUUCGAUGAAGCCUGCUUUCAGAGAAGAAAGAGAAAGAGUUUCAGAGCAAACUGAUCAAAAAAUAGCAGACGAAUACUUAGAAGUUGUCAAAACAAAAUUUCCGGCUGCAAGUCCAGGGCUCAAAUACAUGUUUCUAGACGCCUGUCGUGACGUGAAAGAUGCGACAUCGGAGAAGGCGUUUCGAAGUAGCAUGGAGGAAGUUUGGAAUAUGCUGCAAGCGGCUCCCGGUCUCCCGACAGACAAGGUGAAACACGCUGAAAGUGAGAAGAUGAAACUGCAACGGGAGUUGGCGUCUAAAAAAGACGAAGCAGAUAGGAAAGGUGCAGAACUGAAGAAGAAGGAAUCGGAGUUGUCGCAAAACCAGGAACAAAUGGAAGCACAGCGAAUAAUGCAUGAAAGAAGUACAAAAGAGCUCGAGGCUCGAUUUGACAUCUACAGGUCAGAACAAGAGUCUGCUCGACAAGCGAUGGAAAAACGCCACGCAGAGGAACUGGCGAAGCUGAGAAGUGACAAGAAAGAUAUGGAACGAACUUUUGAUAACAAAGUAAAUGAUCUAAGCUGGAAGCUAGAUCUGCAAAUUCAACAAAAUCAGCAAAAACAAAAUACUUUAAAAACUGAAAAAGACGAAGAAGUUGCAAAAAAACAAGAAGUUUUUGAAAAGAUUCUCGAAGAGAUCAGAAGGAAACAAGAAGAGCAAGAAAAACUGCUCAGCGAUCAAGGCAACUCAAAACUUUUACAGAAAAAAGUCGAACAGUUGGAAAAAGAACAGAAAGAUGCAAAGCAAAAAUAUGAACGUGAAAAACACGAACUAGAGUCAAAAUUUUCGAAUCAAUUGCAAAGUUUGGCUCAGGAUAAAUUUAAAUUGGAGACGGAACUUCAGCAGAAACAAAGAGCUCUUGAAAAAGAGUUUACUGAAAAGCAAGCAGCGCUUGAAGAAAGUUUGAGGAUAAAACAACUUGCUGAGUUGUCCAAGAUUGAAGAUAAUGAAUACAAAACAAGAGCGAACUUCAGAAAUGACUCCGAGUGGAAGCAGAAAGCGUACUCAAAAAUGGUUGAUUGUGGCAAGAGAGGAUUGGACUGGAGGUAUACGAAGGAUGAGGUGAUAAAUAUGCUGAGCAGUUCCUACCCACUGUACUUUUGGUUUGUCUGUAUUGCAACCGAAGACCUCAACUACAGCUUUAAAUUCAGACUAGGUGGAUUUGGAGAAAUGGCCGAGUGGAAGAAUGACCCAGAGUGCACAUAUAACAUGAGUGUGUAUAGAGUGGCCAAAUCCAAACUAGAAGACAGAGGAGGAAGAUGUACGCAUGAAGAUGAAGAGAAGGCUGUGAAGAUAGUUGAAGAUGUACUUAAGAGUGACAUGUGUGGAGCUAAUAGCAACUACAGUGUAGAUAGAGUGGCUGAGGAGGUGGAGUCUCAACAAAAUGAGGCUAUUCACCCGGACUGGAGAAAACUCAUAAACACACUACUGCUGCCAUACUUCAGAAAGUCAAAAGAUGACCCUAAAAACAUAAUGUAUCACCCAGUGCUGCCGGACGAGGAGUUUCCUGGGUUUAUGCCUCCUUUUCUGGAAGUGGAACCAAACGAAAACUGGGAGACAGAAGGCUGCAAAGUCAGAAUGCGCUACUUGCGAGGAGUGUGGUUGCUAUACUGGCAUAGGACCAAAGUGGAUGAACAAGUGAAGCGAUUUGUAUUCAGACCAGCAUUCAUGCCGUUCCUUGCCGACAUGUACGAGUUUGUAGCAGUGGCCAAAGCAAUUGAAGUGCUUUAA